AUGGGAUUGCUGGGCCUAUUGUGGCUGGUGACUAUUUUCGGAUUUAUGGAGAUUGGGAAAGCUCAGAGGAAGUCUUUUCUGAUAAGUUGUGGGACAAAUUCCAGUGUAACUGUGGAUGGGAGGAGAUGGAUUGGUGACAAAGAUCCUGGGAGCAAUGUCACCUUCAGUGCUUCUGGUAUUGAGGCCUCGACUGAGACGUUCAGUGGCGAUCCAGUUUACAAGCCACUUUAUAAAACUGCCAGGAUUUUUACCGAUAGUUUGAAUUAUACUGUUCAAGGGACACCGGGAAAUUAUUUUCUUAGGCUCCAUUUCUAUCCAUUGGCGUACAUGAAUUACAAUGCCAAUGACUCUGUCUUUGCUGUUGAGUCGAAUGGUUUAAGGUUGGUUUCUGAGUUCAAUGUUCCUGGUGAGAUUUUGAAUAAGAAUUCGAACUUUCUAGGGUCAGGAGGCAAUUCUAGCUUUACUUCGUUGGUGAAGGAGUAUUUCUUUACCAUUGAUGCCGAUGUCAUUGUUGUUGCCUUUAUUCCUUCCAAAGGGUCUUUUGGUUUUGUGAAUGCCAUAGAAAUUAUACCUGUUGAUAAUAAGCUGUUCAAUGACUCGGUGAGAAGAGUGAGUGGAAAUGGUGGCAGUAGUUCUUUGAACAUAGACAAACGAGGGGUUGAAACCAUGCAUCGAUUGAAUGUUGGGGGUUCUGCAAUUAAACCUUCACAAGAUUUGGAUUUCUGGAGGACGUGGGAAGUAGAUUCAAGUUACAUGGUCAAUCCAGAUGCCGGUUCGGAAAUCAAAAACAGAACUAACAUCACCUAUUCUUCUCCUAAUGGCACAUUCGUGGCUCCUCUCCCCGUAUAUGAAACAGCGAGGAUUUUGUCAAAUACUGAAGUCUUGGACAAGAGAUUCAACAUGUCAUGGAAAUUGGAAGUUGAUCCAGAUUUUGACUAUCUAGUCCGCUUGCAUUUCUGUGAACUUUUUUACGACAAGCCAAAUCAAAGGAUUUUCAGAAUUUACAUAAAUAAUAGAACUGCAGCAGAGAACUUCGAUAUUUUUGUUCGAGCUGGAGGAAUGAACAAGGCAUAUCACGAGGAUUACUUCGACGUGAUUUCAUCUAAAAUCAGCACCCUGUGGAUACAGCUAGGUCCUGACACGACAACAGGUUCUGCAGGAACAGAUGCUCUCUUGAAUGGGUUGGAGGUUUUUAAGCUUAGUCAGAAUGGUAAUCUUGCUUACGUACAGAAGUAUAUCAAUCUAGAAGGCAAGAAAACAUCAAAAAGUUUCCUUUGGGUGGGAAUUGGAGCAGGUAUCGCCUCUAUUGCUAUUCUUGCAGCUUUAGUUAUGCUAAUUGUCUGGUUUUGUAAGCAGAAGAACAAAGAUCACAAUGAUGAUGCGAAGAAGACUGCUCCUGGUUGGCAGCCUCUGUUCCUCCACGGAUCAAUUGCUAAUCGCGCUGCCAAAGCGACAGGAUCGACUGCGUAUCAGAAUCCUAAUGGAGCUAUCCGAUCUGGAAGGCGUUUUACAUUAGCGGAGAUAAGGGUGGCAACAAACAAUUUUGAUGAAAGCCUAGGGAUUGGAGUGGGAGGAUUUGGUAAGCUUGAGGAGGCCUGGUUGCACACCAAUGCUGAUGCUGGAGAAAAUUCGGUUUCCAGUAAUCGGGAUCUGGGACCUAAUGACGUGGGAGAAUGUGAGGUCCAGGAUGCUACAAAUUAA